CCGGAGAAGUUGCAGCAGCCGCAGAAGAAGUAGAGUCUAAACAGAAGAGUUGCCGGUGCCCGGUGUGAGAGUCCGGUGUUUGUCGGCGUUUGUCCGGAGCGUUCAGACCCAGAGACCGGGAGGAGGAGCAGCUGUGCGGCCGGUGAGGAUGGACUCUGCGGCGGCGGAGAUCGACGGCAGCCUGCUGGAGGGAGGCGGACAGAUCCUGAGGGUGUCAGCGGCGCUCAGCUGCAUCACCGGGACCGCCAUCAAAAUCACCAAAAUCCGCGCGGGCCGGAGCUCACCGGGGCUCAGACCACAGCACCUGAGCGGCCUGCAGCUGGUCUCAGAUCUGUGUUCUGGCGGUCUGCAAGGAGCCUCCAUCGGUGCCACAGACGUCAGUCUGACGCCAGGAAAGAUCCAAUCAGGAAACCACACGGCUGACACGCAGACUGCAGGGUGAGUCCGUCUGUCUGUCUCUUUGUCUCU